CGUAAUCGACAGACUACCACUGUGUGUAUGUGUGUGUGCAUAUAUAUAUAUAUAUAUAAAAUUUUGUAUUUAAUCUUCGAAAAUAACUGAUCCACAUUCAUUUUAUUAAAGUUGCACAACUUCAUAACUUUACUGUUGGAAAACAAAAGGGGAAAAUAAUCUAACAAUCAUGUUUUUAAAUUGUCAAUCAAAAGUACUUUGUCAUCAGUAUCAGUGUGACCCUCUAUAUCUUGUGCUAAAUGGUUUUGUAUUUUCAGCAAAUUCCCUUCAGCGAUUGACUGCGUCUCUGGCAGCUCUAUUGUCCUUUAGUGCUGUGAUCCCCUGGUGCCUGAACACGACAGAAACACAUCUGUCUAUGGUAGUGCAAGAGCUGUGUGUCCUAGUAUAACUGAGCCUCAAAGUUUUUAACUCAACAAAGUAAGGUGAAUAAUACUUAAAGGUGCAUAAUGUACAGCUUUAUGGGAGGUGGAUUAUUCUGUGCUGGAGUUGGAAAUAUACUGCUGGUUGUAUCCACAGCCACUGAUUACUGGAUGCAAUAUCGCCAGGCCAGUGGUUACAUGCACCAGGGCCUGUGGCGCUACUGUGUGCCUGGGAAAUGCAUGAUACACUCUGACAGCAUUGCUUACUGGGAUGCCACCCGGGCAUUUAUGAUCUUGGCAAUCAUGGCAUGCUUCUUUGGCAUGCUUAUAGGCAUCAUGGCUUUCAUUAACUACAACUCUUUUGGUGGCUUUGACAAAACAUUUGCUGCUGGAAUUCUCUAUUUCAUUUCAUGCUUUUUCGUGCUUCUGGCGAUGGCUAUAUUCACUGGGGUGACUGUGAACUACUAUGGGAAGCGAUACGGAAACUGGAGAUUCUCCUGGUCGUAUAUAAUGGGCUGGGUGUCAGUGGUGCUUACGUUCUUUUCAGGCAUGUUCUACAUGUGUGCUUAUCGGAUGCACUCACCAAUAGGCCCGAUGUCACGCUGAGGCAACUCAUCUCCUCCUAGAUCGACUUAUCAUUCAGGCUGAAAUGGUUCAGUGUGAUCCUGGAUGCUUACAUUUUAAUUCAUUUCUUUACCUCAUAAUGAAAGAAUAAAUGGUUGAGACAAAA